AUGGGUCGAACCCACCGAAACGAGAUCUUGCUUCGUCGGAUUUCCCCUCGGCCACGAUUUCAGUUCGACAAACUUCCCCAAUCGCCCCUGCCGGCGCGCAUGGCAACCGCAACCACCACCUCGCCGCGGGCGCUGGCGCCGUCAAAGCCCACCCUCCUAGGCGGUGUCCGGGGCCUCGACGCGGCCGUAUCCCUCCGCCUGCACGCCCUCUUCCUCCCGGUGCCGCGCCUCCUUCUCAAGACGCUCGAGAUCGCCGGCGACGGCCGCAUCUGGCUGCCCGUCCCCAUCUCCCUGCUCCUCCUCUCCGCGUCCCCCGCCAACGCCAACGCGUCUGGGGCGGCCUCCCCGCUCCUGGCAGGCCUUGUCGCUGGCCUCGUGCUGGACCUCAUCCUCGUCGGCCUCGUCAAGGUCGUCGUCCGCCGCCCGCGCCCGGCCUACAACGCCAAGGACAUGUACGUCGCCGUCGCCGCCGACCACUGGUCUUUCCCCAGCGGCCACUCCUCCCGCGCCUUCCUCGUCGCUUCCUUCCUCGCCGGCGGCGGCUUCCGUCCCCGCGAGGCGCUGUUCCUCUGGGCCACCGCGACGUCGGCGUCCAGGGUGCUCCUUGGCCGGCACUACGUCCUCGACGUCGUCGCUGGGGCUUGCCUCGGCGUGUUCGAGGCCUGGCUCAGCAACUUGCUCUUGAGAUUCGUGUGCGCUCAAAGCACCUUCCUCGUAUGCUAA